CAUGUACCAUUAUACAAAAGUUCAAGGAAAAAAGUGCAAAAUCGCUUUUGAGAAACUGACAGACAGAGACAGAUCAAAACUAAUUUAAAAAAUCUGGGAAUUAAAUGCUGUGUUUCUAGCGGUGUUUAAAUGGGUUUACUUUUUUAACACGGACUGCCCUUCACGCCUUUAAUAUUCAUUUUCUUUGUCUCUUCUUCUUCUUCAACCUUGGAGGAAAUGCCAAGAACACUAGGGUUCGAUCGAUACUUUUAGAUAUAGAAAACUCAAUAUCACUCUUGUCUUCCUUGUCAUCGAUCUGCUUUUCGAGUUCUUUAAAAUCAGUGAAAACUGGUUCGGAAUCGAGUGAAAAUGGGCUUGAUUUCUGGGAUUUUUAUGGGGACGAUCUUUGGGAUCGCUUUAAUGGCGGGUUGGCGUCAUAUGAUGAGGUACCGGAGCAACAAACGUAUCGCCAAGGCUGUUGAUAUUAAACUUCUUGGGUCCCUCAGCAGAGAUGAUUUGAAGAAAAUUUGUGGCGACAAUUUUCCUGAUUGGAUUUCUUUUCCUGUGUUUGAACAGGUGAAAUGGAUGAACAAACAACUGAACAAACUGUGGCCAUUUGUUGCAGAUGCGGCAACGAUGGUAAUAAAAGAAUCUGUUGAACCUCUAUUAGAAGAAUAUCGUCCUCCUGGAAUUACUUCAUUGAAGUUCAACAAAUUCUCUCUUGGAAAUGUGGCACCCAAAAUUGAAGGUAUUCGUGUUCAAAGCCUUAAGAAAGGUCAAAUUACCAUGGAUAUUGACUUCAGAUGGGGUGGUAAUCCAAACAUCGUUUUAGGUGUUGAAGCUGCAAUGGUUGCUUCAAUACCCAUUCAGUUGAAGGAUCUUCAAGUUUUCACAGUUGUUCGUGUUAUCUUCCAACUUGCUGAAGAUAUUCCUUGCAUAUCUGCUGUUGUUGUUGCUCUACUUUCUGAGCCAAAGCCUAAAAUUGACUAUACAGUGAAGGCUGUUGGCGGAAGCUUAACGGCCCUUCCUGGAAUUUCAGAUAUGAUUGAUGAUACUGUGAAUACAAUUGUAACAGACAUGCUUCAGUGGCCCCACAGGAUUGUUGUUCCUAUUGGUGGUAUACCUGUGGAUACAAGUGAACUUGAGCUUAAACCACAGGGUAAGCUUACAGUAACAUUAGUGAAGGCAAAUGAUCUGAAGAACAUGGAAAUGAUCGGAAAAUCGGAUCCCUACGUUGUUGUGUAUAUUCGGCCAUUAUUCAAGGUUAAAUCAAAGGUGGUUGAAAAUAACCUGAACCCCAUUUGGAAUCAAACAUUUGGGUUGAUUGCAGAAGACAAGGAGACACAGUCUCUUAUUCUCGAGGUUUUUGACGAAGACAUUGGGCAAGACAAGCGAUUGGGCGUAGCAAAAUUGCCAUUGAUUGAGCUGGAAGCUGAAACUCCAAAGGAGAUUGAACUGAGACUCCUUCCUUCUCUUGAUAUGCUGAAAAUAAAAGAUAAAAAGGAUAGAGGCACUCUUACAAUCAAGGUGUUGUAUCAUCAAUUUAGCAAGGAAGAUCAAUUGGCCGCCCUUGAAGAAGAAAAGAGGAUCCUAGAAGAGAGAAAAAAACUGAAAGAAGCCGGAGUCAUAGGAAGCACAAUGGAUGCCCUUGACGGAGCCGCCUCGCUUGUCGGUUCCGGUGUUGGGAUGGUGGGAACUGGAAUUGGAGCCGGAGUGGGGCUUGUUGGAACCGGUAUUGGUGCUGGAGUUGGGAUUGUUGGGAGUGGCUUUGGAGCUGUCGGCAGUGGCCUGAGCAAAGCCGGAAAAUUCAUGGGAAGGACCAUCACCGGGCACCACUCAAGCAGCUCAAGGAGGAGCGGCAACACAACUCCAGUGAAUUCUGCUCAAGAAAAUGGCGGCGCAAAGCCACUGUAAGAGUUGUCGUACAGUUGAUGAAUUAUGUGAAUUAGAUCCGGUUGUUUUAACUUUUAGGCUCUACAGAAUUAUAUAUAACUUUUGUUGUUUUUAUAAUUCUUCAAAAUUUUCUAGAUUGUGAAUUGAAGGCAUACAUGUUAGUUGUCAUCAAUGUUAUCUUGAAUUGUAUCAUUAAUCAUCCUGAAUCAAAGUCUGUGUUCCACUUUUCCUUCAAGAUCAGACAUUACAACUUCA